AUGCCUAUUUAUAAUUUUAAGAAAAUAACAGUCGUUCCGACUGCCAAAGAUUUUAUAGACAUAAUACUGUCUAAAACUCAGAGGAAAACACCUACUGUUGUGCAUAAACAUUAUAAAAUAUCAAGAAUUCGUUCAUUUUAUAUGAGAAAAAUUAAAUAUACUCAACAAAAUUUUCAUGAUAGGCUGUCUAUGAUUAUUCAGGAAUUUCCUAAAUUGGAUAGUGUCCAUCCAUUCUUUGCAGAUUUAAUGAAUGUUCUUUAUGAUAAAGAUCAUUACAAAUUGGCUUUAGGUCAGUUAAACCAAGCAAGACAUUUAAUUGACAAUGUUGGAAAGGAUUAUUUACGUCUUCUGAAGUUUGGAGAUUCUUUAUAUCGGUGUAAACAGCUAAAACGUGCCGCAUUGGGAAGAAUGGCCACUAUAAUGAAAAGACAAGCUUCAAAUCUUGAAUAUUUAGAACAAGUUAGGCAGCAUCUUGCUCGAUUGCCUUCCAUUGAUCCAUACACCAGAACGAUAAUUAUAUGUGGCUUUCCAAAUGUAGGAAAAUCCAGUUUUAUCAAUAAGGUUACACGUGCAGAUGUUGAAGUUCAACCUUAUGCUUUCACAACAAAGUCGCUAUAUGUUGGUCAUACUGAUUAUAAGUAUCUGAGAUGGCAACUUAUUGAUACACCUGGUAUACUUGAUCAUCCAUUAGACGAGCGUAAUAUAAUUGAAAUGCAGGCAGUUACAGCACUUGCACAUUUAAGAGCUGCUGUUUUGUAUGUAAUUGAUCCGUCUGAACAGUGUGGACACUCCCUAGAAGACCAAGUUUCAUUGUUCAAGUCUAUCAAACCUCUCUUCACUAAUAAGCCUGUUCUGGUAAUUGCAAACAAAUGUGACGUUUUGAAAGUAGACGAAUUAUCUCCUGAAAAACAGAGUUGCUUAGAUACGUUCAAAGAAGCAGCGAUCCCCAUUCUCAGUAUGAGUACGGUCACUGAAGAAGGUGUCUCUGAAGUCAAACAAGAGGCUUGCGAGAUGCUACUAUCUUACAGAGUUGAAACGAAAUUGGCCAGUAAAAAAGUUGAUGGAAUUCUGAAUAGAUUACACGUAGCAUUUCCAAAACCCAGGGAUGAGAAAGAUAGACCACCAUGUAUACCAGAUGCAGUUUGGGCAAAGAAGCAGGCUAAAUUGAGAGAAGCCGAAGAAGACAUGGGAGAAGAGCAGAUGGAAAUUAAACACAAAUUAGAACGGGAAAUCGAACUGGAGUUGGGAGACGAUUAUGUACUGGACUUGAAAAAGAACUAUGAUCUUCCAGAAGAUUAUAAGUAUGAUAUUAUUCCAGAAUUUUGGGAAGGCCACAAUGUUGCUGAUUAUAUUGAUCCUGUAAUAUUCAAGAAAUUAGAAGAACUCGAGAGGGAAGAAUCAACUCGUGAAGAAGCCGGCUUCUACGCUGUUCCGAAGAUUGAGUUGGAUUCGACCUUACAAGAUAUACGUGCCCUCGCUCAGCAGAUAAGAGAUAAGAAGAUAUUGAUGAAACAAGAAGCUUCCGUUAGAAAAUCAUCUACCAAACCGAAAUUGCCCCGUACUACUACACCUAAAGUUAGGGAUAGGUCUGUUUCGCGUUUGAGGACAGAAAUGGGAGCUCUUGGUGUGGACAUUGGAAAUGAGGAGAAGGCUGGAUUUAAAAGGACACGUGGACGAUCUAGGUCGUUAUCAAGAGGAGUCAAAAGGAUGAGGAUUGAUUCAGAAGGAAGGGCUAAGAGCAUGUCCAGACCUCCAAGGGAUGUAUCUGGAGUUAAAGAUCAACAGACAAGGCAGAAACUGAAGAAAAUAGCACACAAAGCUAUCUCCAAGAAAGUUGGAAAGAAGGGUCUCAAAGGAGAAGCGGACAGAUUUAUUGGAAACAAAAUGCCCAAACAUCUAUUUUCUGGAAAACGAGGCAUUGGAAAGACUGGAAGAAGAUAA